GGGAGGCAGCGGCAAGCCAGGGCUCUGCGCUGUGUCUUUCUUUGCUUUCCGCAGGCGGCGAGCGGCGGAGGCGCAGAGGGGAGGUGGCGAGCGGUGCCGAGGGCUCCGUGACUCUCUCUGGCGGCCAGGACUCAGCCGCGGCGGACGACAGGAGCCUCCCCGCGCGGGCGGGCUCCGAGCGGCCCGGCGCGCAGCAGCCCGCGGAUGGGAGCUCGGUCGCCUGCCAGCCCGUCGGACUGGAGAACGGCGCCAGCCCGCCAGCCGAGCGGCUCCCGCGCGCCCCGGGCUCCGGCCCCCGCCAGCCCCCCAGCGACGGCGACGGCGCCCAGAGGAGCUUCAAAGUGAACCUGCUCUGCAAGCACUCGCGGCCCAGAGAGCUCAAGUGCAGUAGCAGGAGCAGCAGCAAAGCCGAGGGUCCCUGUCUCACCUUUCCCAACCCCCAUGUCAGCAACUGCUCGGCCAAGCGGCACGCGGGGGAGGAGGAGUUCAGGAUGCGCGUGAAGCCCCCGGGCCCAGUGGUAACGACCAGCGUUGUCCGAGGCUCGCCCGACUACGUCCGAGAGCCCAAGUACUACCCGCCGGGGCACCCGGCGCAGCGGCCCGCGGCCUGCCCGGCGGAGAAGGCCCUAUCCUGCAGCGUGCUGAGCUUCCCUGAGGGCUCGUGCCCCGCGCUCGGCCGGGAGCACCAGGCGGGCUCGCUGCUGCACGGCGACCCGGCCGACCGGUGCCAGAGCUUGCACGGCGGCACCAAGGGCGAGGACUUGCUGGGCUGCGCCGGCGAGCCCCAGAUCCUGGGGGGCAGCGCGGAGGAGAGCGCCGCCCGCGACCGGGCGCCCAAGACCUUCCCCAACGCGACGCUGGCCUCCGGCCGCUGCAACGUCGACAGCAUCGUCGCCCUGCUGAGGAGCAAGUGCGGCAACGGGCACAUCAACCUCCACCCCGUGGUGCAGCUCAUCGACAUCAUGAAGGACCUCAACCGCCUCUCCGAGGACCUGAAGAGCAGCGGGGUCCACCUGGACUGCGGCACCCUGCGCGGCGGCGGCGGCGGCCACGAGGAGAGCCGCCUCCUGCCCGCCGACCGCGACCUCCAGUACAGCUUCUUCUCCUCGCCCUCCUUGGCCAACAGCAUCCGCAGCCCCGAGGAGCGGGGCGUGCUCUGCAAGGCGGAGCCGCCGCGGCACGCGCGGCCCCGCGACGGCGAGGCCGAGGGCGGCGGGGCAAGCGCCCAGCAGCCGCCGGGCCACGGCGGCGGCGUGGUGGGCUCCAAAGCGCCCGCAGAAGAAGCCGGGUGCUCCCAGCCGGACUCCGGUGAUUACUCCGACCUGGCCGAGGCGGAUAUCCUCAACGAACUGGCCUCCUUGGCCUGCCCCGGGACGCAGCUGCUGGAGUCGCAGGCGAUGGAGGCGCAGCCCCAGUUGCUCCCAGCCCAAGAGCUGGAUUCCCAGUCCCGGCUGCUGGAUUCCCAGUCGCUCGAGUCCCAGCCCCAGCUGCUCGAUUCGCAGAGCCUGGAGCCGCUGCCGGAGUCGCUGGAGCUGCAAAACCUGGAGCCGCUGGGGCUGCAGUCGCUGGAGCCGCUCUCCGAGUCGCUGGAGCUGCAGUCGCUGGAGCCGCUGUCCGAGUCGCUGGAGCUGCAGUCGCUGGAGCCGCUGGCGGAGCCGCUGGGGCUGCAGGCGCUGGAGCCGCUGCCCGGCCCCCUGGAGCCGCCGCUGCUGGACUCGCAGGCGCAGCUGCUGGCGCCGGAGCCGGCGCUGCUGCAGCCGCCGCCGCCGCUGCUGGAGGCGCCGGCGGGCGCCGGGGCCGGCGAGCCCCUGCGGCCCCCUGGGCUGCAGCCACGCCUGGGGGGCUGCGCGCUGGGCGGCGUGGUGAAGCGCGGCCCCUGCGGCGGCCGGGGGGCCGGGCGGUGCGGCGAGGACCACCGCAAGUACGCGCUGCGCCGCACCGACAAGCCAAAGCUCCUGUGCCGCCGGAGGAGGGCCGGGCGAGGGCGGCGGGCGGACGCGGCCCCCGAGAGCCGCCUCCUGCCCCUCGCCCUGCCCGCCGAGGUGCCCGCGGGGCCGGAGGAGCCCAGCGCCCCGCCGCUGGCGCCCCCGCCGCCCCCCGCCGCCCUGGAAGCCGACGAGGUGCCCAAGGCGCCGGCGGCCGGGAAGAAGAGCAAGUGCCGGGGCGUGCGGAAGAUGGUGGUGAAGAUGGCCAAGAUCCCCGUGUCCUUGGGGCGGAGGAACAAAACCACCUACAAGGUGUCGUCUCUCAGCAGCAACCUGAACCUGGAGGGCAAGGAGCUGGCGGCCAGCAGCUCCAUGGAGCCCACGCCGCUGCUCAAGAUGAAGAACAACGGGCGCAACGUGGUGGUGGUCUUCCCCCCCGGCGAGAUGCCCAUCAUCCUGAAGCGCAAGCGGGGCAGGCCCCCCAAGAACCUGCUGCUGGGCCAAGCCAAGCCCAAGGAGCCCGCCCCGGAGGUGAAGAAGAGGAGGCGGAGGAAGCAGAAGCUGGCCUCGCCGCAGCCCUCCUACAUCGCCGACACCAACGACAGCAAAGCCGACUACUCGGACGUGCUGGCCAAGCUGGCUUUCCUCAACCGGCAGAGCCAGUGCUCAGGGCGCUGCUCGCCGCCCCGCUGCUGGACGCCCAGCGAGCCCGAGUCCAUCCACCAGGCGCCCGACACCCAGAGCAUCUCCCACUUCCUGCACCGCGUGCAGGGCUUCCGCCGGCGCGGCGGCAAGGCGGGCGGCUUCGGCGGCCGCGGCGGGGGCCACGCCGCCCGCGCCUCCCGCUGCUCCUUCAGCGACUUCUUCGAGGGCAUCGGCAAGAAGAAGAAGGCGCCGGCCGCCGUGCACGCCGACCCCGUGCACCCGCGCAAGCGGGGGCGGCCCGAGCCCGACGCCGUGGGCAAGCCCAAGCGCAAGCGGCGGGCCCGCAAGAACGGGGUGCUCUUCCCGGAGCAGGGCGCCGGCCAGAGCUUCGGCGACGGCGCUUCCGAGUGGGCCGGCGAGAAGGGCAGCCCCUGGGCCCCCCACCACGGCCACCCCGGCGGCCCGGCCGGCCGCAACUGCGGCUACCAGGGCGCCGAGGCCCGGCCCUUCCCGGCGGCGGCGCCGGACUCGGGCUCGUCCGGCCGCGCCGGCUUCUUCGCGGGCGGCGCCGGCUCCGCGCAGGCCGAGGUGAGCCAGGAGCGGCACAGCCUCUUCACGGGCUACUUCCGCUCCUUGCUGGACUCGGACGACUCCUCCGACCUGCUGGACUUCGCCCUCUCGGCCUCGCGCGCCGAGUCGCGCAAGUCGGCCGCCGCCGCCGCCUACACGGCGCCCGCCGGCGCCCUGGCGGCCCAGCGCGGCCUGGCCGCCUACCCGGCCCGCGGCGGCAAGGCGGCGGCGGCGGCGGCGGCGGCGCCCGGCGCCGAGGCCUCCUUCCACGCCGCGAUGCAGGGCCGGCAGGCCUUCCCGCCCGGCCGCGCCGCCGCCUACGGGGCCGCCCAGGCCGCCUCCGAGUGCCGCGGCGCCGACGCCUUCCCCAAGCUGGUGCCGCCGGCCGCCGUGUCGCGGUCGCCCACGGCGCACCCCGCGGCCGGCGCCGGCCCCGCUUACCCGCAGUACGGCAGCUACAGCGCGGGGCAGAGCGUGGCGCCCGCCAGCGUGUUCGCGCCGGGCAAGCAGUACGCGGCCGCCCAGGACUGCCCCGGCAGCAAGGACUGCAGCUUCGCCUACGGCAGCGGCAGCAGCCUCCCGUCUUCCCCCAGCAGCGCCCACAGCGCCGGCUACGCCCAGCAGACGGCCGGCCCCAACCUGCCGCUCGGCAAGGCCUCCUUCUUCAACAGCUCCGAGGCGGGCCAGUUCUCCAGCGCCUCGCACACGCCGCUGCGCUGCGACAGCCGCGCCAGCACCGUCUCGCCGGGCGGCUACAUGGUGCCCAAAGGCUCGGCCUCCUUCCAGCCCUCGCCCGAGAACUGCCGGCAGUUCCCCGGCGCGUCCCAGUGGGCUUUCCGGCAGGGUUACGGCGGCCUCGACUGGAACUCGGAGGCCUUCAGCCAGCUCUACAACCCGGGCUUCGAGUGCCACCUCAACGAGCCCAACGUCAUCCUCGACAUCUCCAACUACACGCCCCAGAAAGCCAAGCAGCAGACCGUCUCGGAGACCUUCUCCGAGUCCUCCUCCGACAGCACCCAGUUCAACCAGCCGGCCGGCUACCGGCGCGCCAACAGCGAGGCCUCGUCCAGCGAGGGCCAGUCCAGCCUGUCCAGCCUGGAGAAGCUCAUGAUGGACUGGAACGAGGCGUCCUCGGCGCCGGGCUACAACUGGAACCAGAGCGUCCUCUUCCAGAGCAACUCCAAGCCUGGACGGGGCCGGCGGAAGAAAGUGGACAUGUUUGACACUUCCCACCUGAACUUCUCCUCCUCCUCCUCGUCCUCCUCCGUGUACCCCUCCAAGAGGAGCACAGGGCCCCGGCAGCCCCGGGGCUCCCGCGGGGCUUGCGCCUCCAAGAAGGAGAGGGGCACGGGCAAGGCCAAGUUCCCCACCAAGUCCCAGCCGGUGAACCCCCUCUUCCAAGAGAGCACGGACCUGGGCUUAGACUACUACAGCGGGGACAGUAGCAUGUCCCCCCUGCCCUCCCAGUCCCGGGGCUUUGGGGUCGGCGAGCGGGACCCCUGCGACUACGCCGGCCCUUACUCCAUGAACCCUUCCACCCCUUCCGACGGGACGUUCGUCCAGGGCUUUCAGAGCGACUCUCCCGGCUUGGGGCAGCCGGAUUUGGAGAGCAAACACUUCCCUGCCCUCCCGCACCAGCUGGCGGCCCCCGGCCAGCAGACUGUGUUCGAGGCCGGCUUGCAGAAAGCCUUCUCGCCCAACUGCUCCCCGACGCUGGCCUUCAAGGAGGACCUGCGGGCGGGCGACAUCCGCAAGCUGCCGGCCUGCGACUCGCUCAAACACAGCAUGCAAGGGGGGGCCCUGCCGCACGCCCCGCACAUGGCCUGCCGCGACCUCCCCAUGCCUCAGCCGCACUACGACUCCCCCAGCUGCAAAAACCCCCCGUACUGGUACUCCCCCAACGCCAGCACCCGGAGCCCCUCGUACGACAGCAAAGCGGGCGCCAGCAUGCUCGUAGACUUCAUGGGCAGGACGGACCCCUCGUGUCUCAACCCCCACUUGACCAGCCCUAGCGGCACCCAUCCCUCCAAGGGCGAGAAGGAGCCCUUGGAGAUGGCCCGGGCUCACCACCGGGGGCCCUACGCUUGUCCCUUGAUCAAUGACUUGAAUAUCUCCCCCGUACCGAGAGACUCAAUGCUGCAGCUGCAGGACAACUACAGGUACCCCAGUUUUGCACCCCAAGGACACCCCGUCAUGGCCCCCACCCAGAAGAGCGGGUUUUUGGGUCCAAUGGUAGAGCAGCACCCCGAGGACACUUUUACGGUCACCUCAUUGUAGUGUCAGCUGACGUGCCAACCGGACAACGAGGUUUUGUUACAGGAGGUAAUUUAGCCAGCACUUUUUUCUGGAACACUUUUCAAGUUCUGUAUUUAACUGGGAUUGGAACCAUUUGUUUGUUUUUUAAAAAAAAAAGAAAAAAAGAAAAGAAAAAAGCAAAAAAGGAAAAAGUUUUAAAAAAAGUUCAAAAAUAAGUGAAAUGCAAGGAAAAAAAUAAAAGAAGAGAAAUGGAAGAGAGAGAAAAACCCUGUUUUUUCCCCCUUCAAACUCAAACUCGCUCCGUCUGAGAACAACGUGGCUCUGCUUUCCGGACUGCCGCCCCCCCCCCCCCCCCCCGCAACCUCCCGCCCCGCAGCAGGACAAUCGGACGGACGGACGGACGGAGGGACGGCGCCCGGGCUCCCGCCGAGGGCCGACCCGGCGGGCAGGGAGGGAGGGCCGGGCCGGGCCGGGCCGGAGGCGGCCGCGGGACGCUUGGGUUAGCCGCUUGGUCCCCCCCCACACUCCCCGACGAGAAAAGGCAUCGAGGCGAAGGCAGACCCGGCGCCGGCGGGACGCGCGGCAGCCCCGCUCUCGGCCCUUCGGCUGCUUUCGGAGGGUCUCUUCUUCCUUUUCCUCCCCCCUCCUCGUUUGCUCGCUUGCUGGGGGUGUUUUUCUUGCCGGAUGAUGCCAGCGGGUGUCACAUUUUUGGAGAGCCAGCCGCAAGGACGACACUUUUCCAGCUUCGCCAGCGGGUCUCGGAGAUGCAGCCGUUGCCCACCUGCCGCAGCGAGCCGGAGCACCCCGCGCCGCGGCCCGCCGCCCCGGCCCGGAGAGGAGGGGGCCGCCCCGCCGCCCGCCCCGCCGCCCGCCGGCACCCGCCUCGCCCGCCGGCGCGCUCUCUCCUCCGGACACAAGCAGAGGGACUCUAUUUUUAAUUUUUAUUUUAUUAAUUUUCAUUUUCUGCACAAAACCAGCAAUUGUAAAUACUUUUGAAGAAAAGGAGGUUAAAAAAAAAAAGAAAAAGUUGGGAAAAAAAAUUUAAAAAGCUGAAAAUUCAAAAAAAAAAAAAAGCCACACACCUGAGGAAAGAAAAAAAAAUCAAAAGUGAAAUAGAGAAUAAAAACAUGAAGCGGCAGAGAGGCGAAUAUGCAGGAGAGAGAAGCAAAAACCCACCAGUAUGCACUGAGAAAAAUUUAUUUACAGAUCGAUCGACAAAAAAAAAAAAAAAAAAAAGUAACAAUAACCUAUUUAUUGUAUAUAAUGUUUUAUUAUAAAUCGUGUCUUGUAUAUUGCAUUCUGUACAUCUGCUGUGGUUUUGUGGUGUGCAACUUCCGCAUGGGUUCAUUGGGUUUCCGUUGCCUUUUUUUAAUGAUGAUGAUGAUUUGAGUUUUAUUUUUAUUAUUAUUAAUAAGACCGAGGCGGGUUUUUUUGGCAGUACACACCCAAAGAUCCGAAUUUGUAGAAAACAGAAAACAAAAAAAAAAAAAAAAAAGAGUUAAAAAAAGAGAAGAUUUAAAGAAAAAAAAAUUAAGCAAAGGAGAGAUCGCUAGCACCCCGUCUUCACCGGGAGGGGCGGCGCGGAGGGCGGCCGGGCGCUCGCGGUGCCGGCCGCGCCGCGCGGCUGCGGCGAGCUCAGGGUGUGCGGGCGCGCGUGGGUGACGUGGGAAUUUCGGCUCCUCUCCUUUCUCCCCGGCUCUCUCCUUCUUUCCUUCCGCUUCCCCCCCACCACCACCCUUUUCCUUUCUCACCCCCUUCCCCAGGGUUGGGAAACUUCUGUACAGCUUUUGUGGAUUGUGCGAAAAAGCAAAAAAAAAAAAAUGGUGGGAAAGGAUAAAAAAAUUAAAAAAAAAAAAGCAAAGAAAAAUUAAAAGGGGGGGAAACAACCUGGAUGAAAUAGGGAAAAAAAAAAAAAAAAAAAACAAAUUGCAAGGAAAGCCCACCCCAGCCGUGGCCCCCGUGCUGCCCGCCCCGGCCCUGCGCCCCCCCGGCCCCCACCGGCCCCCGCUUCUCCCCUCGACUGCUCUUUUUGUGUAUUUAGGAAGGAAUUUUUCAUAGGCACUUUUUUUAUAUUAAAAGAAACCUAUAUAUUGAGCGA